AUGCUUUCUGGUAGAUCACUACUUCAAAGAAUUAGAUUCCCAUUAGUUAUUAAUAGAGUUGAUAUAAUUAGAAGGCAAUCAACAAUUAACAAAAUGAGUGAACCUAUUACUAAACCAGUUGAAGGUCAAACCCCUGCUGCUGCUGCCGCUGCCCCAGCUCCAGCUACAACAGGUGAUGAUGGCCAACCAAGACAAAAAACUGCUAAAGAAUUAGAAAAAGAAAGAAAGAAAGCUGAAAAAUUGGCUAAAUUCAAUGCCAAGAAGGCUAAACAAGCUGAAGCCAACAAGAACAAAUCUGAUGAACCAAAGAAAGCCAAGAAGGAAAAGAAACAAGCUGCUCCUGAAAAAAUUCCAGAAUUUGUUGAUGAAACCAAACCAGGUGAAAAGAAAAUUUUAACUUCUUUGGAUGAUGCUGCUUUCAAAGCUUAUAAUCCAAAAUAUGUUGAAAGUUCAUGGUAUUCCUGGUGGGAAAAACAAGGUUUCUUUGAACCUGAAUUGACUGAAGAUGGUAAAAUUAAAUCUGAAGGUUGUUUCUCUAUUCCAUGUCCACCACCAAAUGUCACUGGUGCUUUACAUAUUGGACAUGCUUUAACUGUUUCUAUUCAAGAUACUUUGAUUAGAUGGAAUAGAAUGCAAGGUAAAACCACUUUGUUCAUUCCAGGUUUCGAUCAUGCUGGUAUUGCUACUCAAUCCGUUGUUGAAAAACAAAUUUGGGCUAAAGAAAAGAAGACUAGACAUGAUUAUGGUCGUGAAAAAUUCAUUGAAAAAGUUUGGGAAUGGAAAGACGAAUACCAUAACAGAAUUAAGAACCAAUUCAAGAAAUUGGGUGCUUCUUAUGAUUGGACUAGAGAAAAAUUCACUUUAAAUCCAGAUUUAUCUGAAGCUGUUACUGAAGCUUUCGUUAGAAUGCACGAAGAUGGUACUAUUUACCGUGCUUUUAGAUUGGUCAAUUGGUCUGUUAAAUUGAACACUGCUAUUUCUAACUUGGAAGUUGAUAACAAAAACAUCCCAGGUAGAACCUUGUUGGCUGUUCCAGGUUAUGAUUCUAAAAUUGAAUUUGGUGUUUUAACUUCCUUUUCUUACCAAGUUGUUGGUUCUGAUGAAAAACUUACUGUUGCUACCACUAGACCUGAAACUAUUUUUGGUGAUACUGGUGUUGCUGUUCAUCCAAAGGAUCCAAGAUACACUCAUUUACAUGGUAAAUUUGUUCAACAUCCAUUCUUGGACCGUAAAUUGCCAAUUAUCACUGAUGCUGAAACUGUUGAUAUGGAAUUUGGUACUGGUGCUGUUAAAAUUACUCCAGCUCAUGACCAAAACGAUUACAACACCGGUAAAAGAAACAACUUGGAAUUCAUCAACAUUUACACCGAUGAUGGUUUAUUGAACGAAAACUGUGGUCCAGAAUGGAAAGGUAUGAAGAGAUUCGAUGCCAGAUACAAGGUUAUUGAACAAUUGAAAGAAAAAGGUUUGUAUGUUGACCAAAAGGACAAUGAAAUGACUAUCCCAGUUUGUUCCAGAUCUGGAGAUAUUAUUGAACCAUUGUUGAAACCACAAUGGUAUGUUGACCAACAACAAAUGGCUAAAGAUGCUAUUGCUGCUGUUAAAUCUGGUGAAAUUGUCAUUAACCCAAAGACUUCUGAAGCUGAAUACUUCCAAUGGUUGGAAAACAUUCAAGAUUGGUGUAUCUCUCGUCAAUUGUGGUGGGGUCACAGAUGUCCAGUUUACUUUGUUGAUAUUGAAGGUGAAGAACACGAUAGACUUGAUAAUGAAUACUGGGUUUCUGGUAGAACUGAAGAAGAAGCCUUGGCUAAAGCUCAAAAGAAAUUCGCUGACAAGAAAUUUACUUUGCACCAAGAUGAAGAUGUCUUGGAUACCUGGUUCUCUUCUGGUUUAUGGCCUAUUUCUACUUUAGGUUGGCCACAUCAAACCAAGGACAUGGAAUUGUUCAACCCAAUGUCUAUGUUGGAAACCGGUUGGGAUAUUUUGUUCUUCUGGGUCUCUAGAAUGAUCUUGAUGUCUAUUAAAUUAACCGGUAAAGUUCCAUUUAAGGAAGUUUUCUGUCACUCCUUGGUUAGAGAUGCUCAAGGUCGUAAGAUGUCCAAAUCUUUGGGUAAUGUCAUUGAUCCAUUGGAUGUUAUCACUGGUAUUCCAUUACAAGGUUUGCAUGACAAAUUGUUGACUGGUAACUUGGACCCAAGAGAAUUGAAGAAAGCUACUGAAGGUCAAAAGAUUUCUUAUCCAAAUGGUAUUCCAGAAUGUGGUACUGAUGCUCUUAGAUUUGCCCUUUGUGCUUACAGUACUGGUGGUAGAGAUAUCAACUUGGAUAUUUUGAGAGUUGAAGGUUACCGUAAGUUCUGUAACAAGAUUUACCAAGCCACUAAAUUCGUUUUGGGUAGAUUGGGUAACGAUUAUGUUCCACCAAAGACCAGUGAUUUAACUGGUAAAGAAUCCUUGGUUGAAAAAUGGAUUUUGCACAAAUUGUCUCAUGCUGCCAAGAACACCAAUGAAGCUUUAGAAGCUAGAAACUUUGGUGAUGCUACUGGUUUUGUUUACAACUUCUGGUAUGAUUUAUGUGAUGUUUACAUUGAAAACUCUAAAUCUUUGAUCCAAGAUGGUACUCCAGAACAAAAGAAAUCUGCUCAAGAUACUUUGUACACUUGUAUUGAUGGUGCAUUGAGAAUGAUUCAUCCAUUCAUGCCAUUUGUUUCCGAAGAAAUGUGGCAAAGAUUACCAAGACGUGAAGGUGACAACACCCUUACUGUCAUGAAGGCCAAAUACCCAACUUACAAGAAAGAAUUUGAUGAUGUCAAAUCUUAUGAAGCUUAUGAAUUGGUUCUUGAUAUUACCAAGGGUGCCAGAUCUUUGUUGGCUCAAUACAACAUCUUGAAGAAUGGUCAAGUUUAUGUUGAAUCUUCUAAAGAAGAUAUCUUUGCAAUUGCUUCCGAACAACAAGACUCUAUUGUUUCUUUGAUCAAGGGUGUUGAAAAAAUCUUUGUUGUUAAGACCCCAGAAGAAGUUCCAUCUGGUUGUGCUUUACAAGCAAUUGGUCCAGACUGUACUGUUCAUGUUUUGGUUAAAGGUCAAAUUGAUUUAGAUGCUGAAAUUAGUAAAGUCAACAAGAAAUUGUCCAACACUCAAGAACAAAAGAAGAAACUUGAAGAUUCUAUCAGUAAAUUUACUGAAAAGACCAAACCAGAAGCUAAAGAAUCUGCUCAAAAGAGACUUGAAAAAGUCAGUGCUGAAAUUGAAGGUUAUGAACAAACCAUUGCUAUUUUAGAAAAAUUGAAACUUUAG